AUGACCGGCAGGGGCAGUACCAUACUGGCCAAGACGUCCUCCCACGCCUCGAACUCGAACUCGCCGGCUUCAAGCUCGACUCGAUCUCGCACCCAACCACCCGUACUUGAUCUGUCCCAAGACAGCAAUGAGCCACCCCUUAUUCAUUCCGCUCCAUCUACAACCCUAGCCAGCGGGCUUCUGGCUGCACUCAGUCCCUUGAGUAGCCGUGCCCCGAGCCCUCUAGCGCCUCGCGAUCGCUCAUAUGUCGGCCACGAUAGAAGCCCCUCACCGGGUAAUCUGGGCCAGUUCUUCAACGACACCUGGAAUCAAGGCUGGUCUUCAGUUCAGGAUCUUACCAGCACGCUUUUGACUGGGAACGAGAAUGGCGAGAGGGGGGGCUUGCUGAGUCCUUCCAACGGCCUCAGCAGGCCACAAUUAUCCAAAUCCCCCUCAAUGGAUAACAGAGGCCGUAAGGUUCCUGAGGCAUGGGGCCCUCUUCCUCCAGAUCAGAAACCUGGGGUAGACAUUGCUGAGAGGCAAUCUGCACUGAAGGCCGCCCGCACCGCGAGUAUUCUCGAAAGCCACGAUGGCGUCAAUGGCGGUCUAGAUGUUUUGGGGAGAUACAAACGCCGAAACUCAGACGAACACAACACCAGUCGGCGCCACCAGGAAGAUUACCUCGUCUACAUUCACCAAGUUCAGCCUGAGGACACUUAUGCGGGACUCAUUCUUCGGUACAAAUGCGGGGAGGAUGCUUUCCGUAAGGCCAAUGGCUUGUGGUCCCGUGAUAGCCUUCAGACUCGAAAAUGGCUCACAAUUCCUGUGGACGCCUGUGAUCUUCGUGGUCGGCCCUGCGAUCCCCCACCUUCACUGCCGACCCAUCAAGUUGCCUCUCCGUCUGAUAGAGAAAACGACAACUCUACUGAGAUAGGGACACAUGAUGAUUUCUACAGCCGAUCAAGCAAGGCACCCGAUGGAGAGGAGGGACAAUUGGAUGAUAACAAGCCCUGGACACAUGUAAGAUGGGUUGAAAUUGAUUCGCUGCCAGCCCCGGUUGAAAUAGGUCGAGUAGCCUGGGGCGCUAUGGGAUAUUUUCCCCCACGAAGGAGGAAGAGUCUUAGGACCACAUCUUCGUUCUCCACUCCCAGGCAAAGCAUCGAAGUCUCUCAAACCGGUCCAGCGUCCGUCGACGGAAUGUCGCCUCGGCGGCUCAGCUCUCUCAGCAACCGACCUCAGAUGCCCGGCACACCAUUAUUUAAUCGCAACCGCCCAGGUAGCGACUCACCAGACACAAGACCACUAUGGAUGCGACGUCCCGGAGGCGUCGGGACUAUGGGGAAGAACGUAAAGUCGCCAGGCCCCGAUUCCGAUUACAUCAACACAUGGGCGCAGAAGAAUAUUCCCGGCCUCAGUAUUGACGGACCAUCCAUGUCAAUUAUGGCUUCGGAGACAGCGCAUUUUGGCUUCUCGAAAGAGUCAGGCGAACUGGUUGAGAGCCCAUUUGAGGAAGGCAGAGAUGCUGCCUCUGUUAGCCGGCAAGGAACUGGAUUGGACCGUGCUGCAGCUGCUGUGGAAACCUGGCUACGAGGAGCCCUCGCCAAGGCCCCAGGAACACCCCUCAUCAUGGCCCGAUCUAGAUCAGGGAGUAACCAGCUGGGGGUAGACGGUACCGGGGACCUCAUAGAACUCACAGAUGCGACAAGUGACGAUGUCCCUGCGCCUUCUGGUUCAGUCGCAAACAUGAUGAGCGGUUUCUCGAUUGGCUCGCCUGGCCCAAACGAUGGGGGCAUGGGCUCCCUCCGAGGAAGGUCUACGGCAGAGACGCGUAGAGAUAAGAAGUCGGAUUGA